AUGACUAAGAGACCUUUUAGGUCAAAGGGGAAUAGGGCCAAGGAAGUACUUGAGCUCAUUCAUACUGAUGUGUGUGGACCAAUGUCAACCGAGGCAAGGGGCGCAAACUAUCUUUUAGACAACUUACCUUCUAAAUCAGUUCCUACUACCCCAUAUGAGUUGUGGAAUGGGCGUAAGCCCAAUCUGGAACAUCUCAGAGUAUGGGGGUGUCCGGCUCAUGUAUUGGAAAAGGAUCCAACUAAGCUGGAAUCUAGGACGGAGGUUUGUGUGUUUAUAGGAUACCCUAGAGGAACGAAAGCUUAUGAAUUCUAUAGUCUCAGAGAUCAGAAAGUGAUUGUGAGCACUCAUGCCACAUUCUUAGAGGAAGACUAUGUAAUGAAUCAUAAGCCCAGCAGUGAGAUAGCUCUUGAAGAGCUCACUCAAGUUACAACUUCCAUUAACCAAGAACAAUUACCUAGUGUACAAACAAUUCCAGAAAUUUCAACUAAUACUCCAGAUAUUGUAGUGCCGCGCCGCAGUGGGAGGAUGGACGUCAAGACUGCGUUUUUAAACGGGAGUCUUGAGGAGACCAUCUACAUGGAACAACCCGAAGGCUAUGUAGUAAAAGGCAAGGAACACAUGCAAGAUAUCAAUCUAAUCCCGGCCAAGGACAUUGGACUGCCGUAA